UAUUUACGGAAGUGCUGUUUACAUUUCGAAGGUGCUCACCUUUCGCCUUAUGAUGUCUUUCCACGCGAAGAUAACCCUAAAAGAAGCCGAAACCAUUUAUUACACAUAAUUGGGACGUAAGGAAAGUUUCAUAUUGACGCCAAAUAUUUUAUGGAUGAUGCAGUAGCUGCGUUGGUGGCUCAGUAUUUGCUAGCAGAGGUAGCGUUGGGUUCCAUCGUACACGAAAUUCUGUGAAACAACGCUAUCAAGGUGGUAGCUCAUAAACUGGGCUGCGGAAGUCACUAAAGUUUAUUAACAUCCGAGCAUUUGCCAGCUGCAUUCAGCUUACUAUCAACGUUAGCUUGGAUAUUUUGCAUCAUGGGCGCCGAACAGAGCGGAGAUGCUGAGCACAAACAUUCGGACUACAGUUCGACUGUGGUUCCCUCUCCUGCCAAGCAAAAGGCGAAGAUGGAUGACAUUGUGGUGGUAGCUCAGGGAACACAGUCUAUGAGGAAUAUCCACAGUGACCCCGAUGUCAUCAAACUCCAAGAGAUCCCUACUUUCCAGCCGCUUUUGAAAGGGGUGCUGAGUGGCCAGACGUCCCCGAGCAGUGUGUGUCUAGAGAGACUGGACUCCGCACAGGUGCUGCAGCUCUGCACCCGCUACCAGGACCACCUGCACCAGUGUGCCGAGGCCGUCUCCUUUGACCAGAACGCUUUGGUCAAGCGCAUCAAAGAGAUGGACCUCUCAGUGGAGACUUUAUUCAGCAUCAUGCAGGAGCGCCAGAAGCGUUACGCCAAGUAUGCUGAGCAGAUCCAGAAGGUCAACGAGAUGUCCAUGAUCCUGCGACGCAUUCAGAUGGGCAUCGACCAGACGGUGCCGCUGAUGGAGCGACUCAACAACAUGCUGCCUGAAAGUGAGCGCUUGGAGCCCUUCAGCAUGAGGGCCGAUGCAGAACCGGGCACCAAGUAAACAUCAUUGUAGCAAAUAAAGAAACCUGAGGUGAGGAUUCCGUUUGAUUUCUAUAUGGGGCUUCUACUUGGAAGCAUUUGAGACUCCUACAAUUUCAACUUGGAAGUACGAGACCUGAAUGUAAAUGAGCUGUGGAUACCUCAUGAGCCUGAGAAACUGGUGGAUUUAAGAGAUGAAGAAACACAGGGAAGAACUCAAGAGCAAACAAUACACUCAGUGUGGACCUGACAGGUUUUCUUUCAAUUUACUGCCUGCUUUUCCAAUUUACACUGAAAAGUCAGGGGUUGUACAAACAAGACUUUAAUUUAUCUGGCACAUAACAGUCUUUCUGAAAUGACCACUGCUAACCUGCAAAUUACCCUCAGAGCACGUACAGUACAUAAAAGUGUCAAGAAGUACUUUUUGUUCUAUGUUUAGUUUAUGUCGACAAUAUUGGGCUUUAUGACGUACUUCUGUUAAACCAGGGAUUCCCAAUCCUUAUUAUUAUUGGGUGUGCUGUGGGAAAUUAUGCAAUUUUAUUAGAUGUCCAAUGCAUUUUAAUUUGGAGGGCUGGCCAUGCCUGUUGCCUUCAAUACUCUACCCCGCAGUUUAAAUGGAUUGGACGUCUAUCGCUGUCAAUGAAAGCCAAUAACUUAAUUUGUGAAAUGUCCCAUGAUAUUGACCCACGUAUCCCCUCCCCCGUUUCUAUUCAUUGAACACAUUCUCGCUGAGUAGCGAAAAAUAUCAUUUCUCUAGUGGUUCAUUGAAAUACCAGUUUUUCGAGAUAAAACCACAAAUUCAAAAUGGAUUGGAUGGCUAUCGCGAUCACUGGUAACCAAUGAGUUAAUUCUGGUGUAUUUUCUAAGCUAUGUGAAGCAUUGCAGCCAUGCGGUUCACUCCUAUAGACCCUACUCACCUACGUCACAAAAUGACGUAUCGCUGUAUCCGGCCGCCAUAUUAUCCGUAUUUUUUAGACUUGUUCUCAUUGUUUUCAAUUAGUCGUGCAAGUUAUAGAGCAAUUCAUGGAAGCCCCGGUGUUAUCUGACGCUGUAAACUCAUUGGAUGCGUUGCAUAAAAGGUGUUAUGUGGAAAAGCUUCAGUUUAUCCAUUCGCCAGAUCCAUAUUUGAUGCCUAAAUCGAUGUUUUUCGACCCGCUGUCUUCGCCGUCUUUGCCUGACAUCUGCUAGCUACCCUGAUAUUUACAACUAUCUUGUCCACACAAAAUCAGCCUAUUCUCACGAAAGUUUGAAAAACUUUAAGAGCUUGGAGGUUUAUAAAUACUUUGUUGCUGGUUGGGUGAAACAGGUCCUCGUCCACGAAAAUUCGGCAGGAAUCUAUCUUGUGCUCGGGAAGGUGAGUUACGAAAUUUUCAAUUCAAAAUAUUUUGUUCUUGCUAACAUCCACUGUCAAGUCUAAUGUAUUUCAUGUCAUUUGUCAAUGGAGCUAGGGCUUUUAAUGUUUAUAUGGUUUAGCGAUAGCACUCUCACUACAUACAUAUAUAAUAUGUAAUAAAUAUGAAGUGCGAUAGCACUACUCCAGAUUGUCCCUAGUUGAAUUUAUUUUUUGGCUUUUGACCUCAAUAGUGAAAUUGUAAAUUAAUUGUAUGACAACUGUCUUAUUAUCCCCGUAUAAUUAUAUAUUUUCAGGUAGUUCAUUCACAACGUCUGAGUGUAUGUUGUCGGCGAUUAGCCUAGCAAUGAUCUUAAUUGUGGUUGUCAGCCCAAAACCCUCUAAAUAAAUAUUAAAUGCAUCUUACCAGAUAUAAAAUGACUACUACAUAAUCUGUGGUAGUCGUUUGGAGCCCAGUUUUCUCGUCGAAUUGCAGCAGUCAAUCUCGCUCUCCUCUCCGGGUCUCUCGGAAUACGGUAAAACAAGUCUCUCCGUCUAUCUUCUCUGUUUUUGCUACCGACCGCCACACACGACUUCACCAUUUUGAUUAUUAAUGUUAACGAGCAGAAAAACACGCCAUAAUAGGAGGAAUUUACGAAGCGCUAAUGCAUUAACAUGAUGAGUAUACGGACAACAUGGCGCGGGGGCGUGGCUGUGACGUCACGUGAGUAGGGUCUAUUGGCCUCAAAGCUGGGGUGAGUGAGGAUUUCAAGGAUUUAGCAGGGUGCUAAUGGUGAGCGGUGGUUGUUGUUUUCUAACUGGUGUGCUUCUAGUUGAAACGUUUCUGUGUGGAUUUAAGUUCUAAGCUGUAACCGUCCAUGAGUGAGUCAUUCAUUUCUGUUUUUAAAGAACGGAGGAGAAAGGGAGGAGGGCUUGUUUGAAGAUUGCUUCAGAAAAGUUCCAGUCAUGUGCUACAUAAUAACAGGAGGACGUGACACUAUCUGCCUGAGGAGCAAUACGGUGUGAAAUGAAAGAAAUCCAAUUUCCUCUUUUUAAACGUCUCAUUUGAAUGGAAAUCAAAUGGCACCCGUGCCCAUUCCUGGAAAUGCUGCUCAUUGCUUUCACGUCCUUCACUCAGCAACCAUGUACUUGUUUUAAUGCCCAAAAGAAGACAUUCUGAGCUUUUGAAGCAUGCCUUCUCAUCAUAGGCGGAAUUUGACUUUUGAGGCAGGGGGGGCACAACAUGUUGAUGACCCCAAAACACAGUGUCAGCAAUAAAAUAACUCUAAGGCUACGUUCAUACUACAGGUCUUAAUGCACGAAUCCGAUUUUUUCGUGUUUUUCCGACUCGAGUGAGGCAUUAACUUGACGGUCUGAACGUGACAAGUCGCAUAGAACGGGACCAUUUCAAAUCCGAUCUGGGUCACUUUCGUAUGUGGUCUAAAUCCGAUCUGGGCCACAUUUUUCCAGACUGUCGCGGCGGUCUGUACUGUCCAGUCCCGCAAAUCGGAUUUAAUGCAGCAAUUACGUCAUCAAAUAGCGAGAGAGUCGUUACCGUAGCGAUGCACCUGUGCGUUAUUAGCGCCUAGCUUGCAGUGAACACUGCUUUUGAGGAAGAGCUGAGCUUGACAACAGUCAUAAAAAAUAAAAAUGGGUUGAGGAUAAGCCUGAGAAUGCUCAGUUUUCUCUCUGUUCCAAGUGAGCAAUAUUUCAACAUUGCCUCCACGGCCGAGAGUCGGGACAAACUGCCCGUAUGUGUGUGUGACGUGCACGGACAGUGCGUGCAUGCUAUCGAUCCAUGUAAACUUUGAAUAUUUGCCUAAACGGGGAUUAUUUAUGUCUGUUAUUUGUGUCCACCUUUUGAAAAGCAAAAUAUGAUAUCCCUGGAAUGACGGAUGACGUCUGUCAUUUGUUUUGAUGGUUCUGCGCAUGCGGGUCUUCUUGCUUAGCGGGUGUCGGACUGCGAAUUAGUGCGCAUGCGUAAUACUUGAACGGUCUCAAUGGAUAAAGGCAGUCUGAACGGGCACGCCAAAAAAACGGAUAUGACAAAAAAUCGGAUUCGUGCAUUAAGACCUGUAGUAUGAACGUAGCCUAAAGCUGCAUUCACACCGGCCGCGAAAUAACGCGUGACGCGUACAUUGCCGUCGCCAAAAGCAUUCACACCGAGCUCGAGAAGUCAGACCACGAGACUGAACUACUUCCGGUUCAGCCCUUGUUUAGUAUCCGGUGAAACCAUAGACGCAUCGUUGAAAAUGGCAUAGAGAAGUUGUCGAUGAUCAUUACGAAAUCUUCACCAGGAACAGCUGAAACACCAAAUGCCAAAGCUAAUGUUGAUAGCCAUCCUCUCCCUGAUGUUAGCAGACUUUCUGCCAACAACGCAACACGAGAGGCCAUUGCAGUGCGGGAAGCAUUCACCUUAUAUUUCACAAAUGAAGUUGCAUUACAGUAGCAAGACUGUAAAUUGUUUAGAAAGUGUUAAUAAAUACCACGCAUGGACAUUUGCCAUGCCUGCAUUUUCUGUAAUGAAAUUUUUUAUUAAAUUUUCAUUUUUAUAAUAUUUUAAAAUUCACUUGUACUGGCAACUCUUGUUCUGUGUGUGCAGUAAUUAGAGCCUGGAAAAGACAAAACAUGGUGUUUGGCAGUUGUAUGAUAUUGAUUUCAACAUACAAGUUAAUAAUGUGAUGUUAAAGUGUUUGUAAAUUUCUUAUUUAGUUUCUUUAUUUAGUAUUAAUCGAUGACAAGAUCUGCUGGAACCCCUACAUUAGCUAUCUCCAAGCCAAUCUAUCACCAAGUAUUUCAAUUCUUGCUAUCCUAUCCUAUUUUUAACACACAAUCAUUACAAACUCUAUAAAAUUCAUUACGUUCCUUGCUUCUAACCACCUGUUUGAAAACGAAGAGGUUAGUUACCGGUAUAUUAAAAAUGUUUGUGUGGAUAAAUAAUAUUUGUAAUCAAGUAUUUAUGUACUUAUGACAGUUGUCAGCUAAUUUGUUGGUGCAGGGGGUUUGGGUUUUCUAAGUUCACAUUUCAUACUACUCCUUUAUUAAUUUUUUGGUUGAUGCCUGAUGUUUUAAUGCGCAUAUAAUUGGAAAUAGAAUUUAUGGUAUAAUAAAUGAAAACCCAAAUUGUAACUAACUAUGAAACAAAUGAAGUAGGAAUGAAUACAAUUUUGAAAAGAAUUUUAACAAGCCUAUGUACAUAGAGGAAUGCAAAAACCUAUGUAAGCCAUUUUUUCAACUCCACUGCAAAUCAUAUUAGUCUGAUUAUAAUUAGACUCCUUUGAUACACCAUACAUAAUAGAGCAGACUGCAAGACAUCAAUUCGGUACUAAUUAAACUAUAACUCCCCACUGCAAAAUACACACAGUAAAAUAGUUGUAGAAUAAAGAAAAAAAAAAAUCACACAGUAAAAAUUUUAAAAGAAAAUAACUACUAUUUUUUAGUUGAUGCCUGAUGUUUUAAUGCUCAUAUAAACGGAAAUAGAAUUUAUGGUAUAAUAAAUGAAAACCCAAGUUGUAACUAACUAUGAGUGUAGCUGUACAGUACCUAACUAGGUAACAAAUGAAGUAGGAAUGAAUACAAUUUUGAAAAGAAGUUUUUUUUUUUUU